AUGGCGAGCUGGUGGGUGCUGGUGCUGGCCGUGCUGGGGGGGGCCUGCGCCCUCCCCGCCCCGGCGCCCGUCGCCUACACCCAGGCGCUGGCGGAGGCCGUGGAUUCCUACAACCAGCGGCCCGAGGUGCAGAACGCCUUCAGGCUGCUCAGCGCUGAGCCCGAGCCCGCCCCGGGCGUGGAGCUGAGCUCGCUGCAGGGUCUCAACUUCACCAUGAUGGAGACGGAGUGCGCCGCCAGCGCCCGCAUCAACCCCGACGACUGCGACUUCAAGGAGAACGGGGUCAUCAAGGAGUGCUCGGGCCCGGUGCAGCUCCUGCAGGGCUCCCCCGAGAUCGACCUGCGCUGCUCCGACGCCUCCUCCGACCCGGUUCUGAUCCAGCGCGGCCGCUUCGGGCGCUUCCUGGGCAAGAUCCGGCACUUCCGGCCCAGGAUCAAGUUCAACGUUCACCUGAGGGGCUCCGUGGGGCUGGGCUGA